AUGUCUCUUCCUAGCCGCUUCAGUAUCUAUAUCGAUGGACGACCCGUUGCCAUCCCACAAGAGCCACAGGAAAAUCACCACCCGAUUUUCGAUGCCCAAGCCGGAAACCCUGGUGCUGGAACCCCUCCUGCCGUCUUUGAGGUGCAGGAAGGCCAAGGUGGUAUUCAGCUUGUCUCUGGCUCUUAUGCUUUGGGCCGUUUCCAGGUUGAGGACAUGAGUCUUAUGCCCAAGCGUGUUGGCUGGUGCAAGAGAGACGAGGCUCAGAUGCUGCAGCCUAUUCACGUUCGCAACGAAGGCAACGGUCCUGAAUUGAGCUUCUCGGGUGCCAAAUUGGCGUUUAUCGAUAACAAACUUUUUGCCCCUCUUCUCCCAGACCAUUCUGCUAAAAAGAUCGAGAUUCGACCCAUGUAG